AUGGACAUGGAAUGGACAUGGAGAGAAAGAGAGAAAGAGAGAGAGAGAGAGUGUGUGUGUGUGUGGAAAUGCACACAUGGAACGAACGGUGUGUUUUUAACAAACGGUACACCAUUUGGAUACGGAGAACAAGACAUCAAGACAUUCAGUCAAGACAAAGGAGACAUGUCUAAUAUUUUUUCUAACGAGGAUCUCGAGGACAUUGACGUUGAUGCAGAAGUUGGCGAGGACGUUCAAAUGGAGGGUGACCCCUCCGCCAAUGGAAAGGACGGCUUGGAGUCUCAGAACGGACAAGAGGAGAAGCAUAAUAGUCCAGGCAGAGCACAACCACACAUUCCGCAGUUAACACGUGCAGACAAGACCCUCAAUGAGCUCAUGGAUCUAUUAGACGAUCCCGACUUCACCCCCAUUAUACCAGAUGCUGUAACCGAUUAUUACUUGUCCAAGAACGGACUUGAUUUACCAAACAACGAUGAAGGCAUGAAAAUCAAGAGACUUAUAGCACUGGCAACACAGAAGUUUAUAUCUGAUAUAGCCACCGAUGCCUAUGAGUAUUCGAGAAUCAGGUGCAACUCUGCCGUCUAUGGAGCAAACAACCCGCAAGCUAGAUCGAGGGCCCUAAUGAUGGCUACCAUGGCAAAGGCCAAAGGCACUGCAAAUGACGAUGUCACCGAGGAAGGCGAGGAGAAUCCGAAUAUCAACAACUUGAAUCCUAAUGGUGCUUCACAGAACAAGGAAAAAGUGGUGUUGACCAUGAACGACCUAUCAAGUGCGUUGGAUGAGUACGGGUUGAAUGUCAACAGACCACAGUUUUACCGUUAG